CACCUGUGGUCCUUACUAAUCUUUUGUGGAAAUUGUACUGUCGGAUUCUUCAAACAGGCUAUAGUAUCUGUGUGCACGGCUGCCAUUGGUUAAACUGGGCUGGUAAAGACAAGGCAGCAGAAGAGGAAAUGAAUCUGAAUUCAUCUGCUUUAUUCAGAGGGUAUUCUGAUGAGGAAAAUUUAUAUCUUAGUAUACUAGAUGGUGUGAAAAUAUCUUAAACACCAUCUGCAUUCCAGCACUGCUACAGGCAGGUUUCAUACACUCAGCUUUCACCUCAGGCUUUUGCAGACCCGUUCCCAAGGUUUUAAGUACUUUCAAGAACCCAAAGCCACCAAGACUGCUCACAGCUGGAUGUCUACACCAUGGCCUCCGCCAGCCCUUUCCCAAUAGAGCAGGCAUCCACCAGCAUGCCUCCGUUCAGAGCCUGUGGCUCUUUUCCUUUUGUCCAGAAGGACUUCAACAAGCUCUCUCUCUUCUGAUGUUGACUGGCUUGCCUGCAGUCUCCUCUUUCUGGGGAAUGCUUGCAUAUGUUCUUGGGGUCCUAGGCAUAGCCAGCUCCCACCCUUUUAAGGGUGACUUGGCAGUCACGUUUUCAUUAUCUCAAGAUCCAAGAUAACCUAGUGUUGAAGAAAGGACUCUGAUAUCUUGGAAUUGCACCAGUUGAAUUGUGUGGCUGUGCCCAGUAAAAAGCAUUUUGGUUUCCACAGUAGACUUUUGGAAAGUAUAUUGGACAGCAAAUCCUGUUUCAAAGUUUUAUUACUACUUCAGUAAUCCCCUGCCUUAUGGUUGCUUCUGCAGAAAUGAGGAAGGGUGGAUGUUUUAAAAUAUUGCUGAAUUAUAAAAUCUAAAACUGAUCAUGAAUAGCCAUAGUCAUAUGUCCUCUAAGUCAUGAGUUACAACAGAGAAAGUCUACUGGUUUGUGCAUUUGGAGAUGCACUUUCCACUACUGCAAAGGGAAUACCAAACUGAAAUAUAGGAACCAAAAAUCAUUAGCUUUAAUUUUAGUGAUGGAUUCUACUAAACCAAAGUUGUCCUAAAUGUAAGAGAAGAGUUUGGGCUGGGUGUUUUCACUUGUGCCUUGGGUUACCACAGGCUUCAGUUGUGCACUGAAAUUUCUUGCUCGUUCUGGCAAUGAUGAGUGUUUAGGUGUAAGUUGAAACAGUGCCAUACUGCUUGUAGUAUAGGUAAGGUAUUUAAGCACAUUAAUUUUUAAUUGAGGCUAAAAUGUGUGUUUCAAGAUGUGAUUCUUUUCUUCCAGGUGUGUGUUUUGAUUUACUCAACUUUCAAGCUGAUGUUAAAUAGAAGUUUUCUGGCAUCUGCUUUUCUUCCUUACUCAAAAGGGACAUUUCAGUGAGAGUAGAGGUGCUUCUUGGUCCAGUCCCUUAAUUCAAACUUGUAACUUUACAGACUAUAGAAAUAAUUGAAGAUCCUUUAAACAUUAUUUUGAUGAAAAAUGAAGAGCAAGACAUCAGUUUCAGUCUUAUUCAACCAUUCUGUAUUUUCUUUUGUUACGGUAGUCUCAUUUCACUUUUUUGGUAAUGCCUUACAUUUUUUUGAUGGGAGGGACAGGAAAAGGUUGUGCUCCAUGGUUAUCUGGCACACAAUUGUUAUUAUAAUUUGCAGAGUAAAUAUUACAGUAUAACACUGUCACACUGUCAGUUCACCUUUUGAUUAUUACGGAUUAGAAUAAUUUGUGUGGAGGAACAGAUCCUGUUACCUUGCUGCUUCCACAUUCUUAGAUUGUGGCACUGCCCAGCUGUGUAGCAUAAAGACACAACUGAUUUAUACUCCCUGGCAAUCAUUAGAAGCCAAGUUAAGUGCUCAUGUUUUUAAGAUGCUUUUUAAAAAUCUAAACUUUUAAAGCCAUUGCAGUCUUGAGCAAACUUUAAGGAAAUACUAUUAUUAAAAUAAAAGAUUAACAAUAUUCCCUUUGACAUAAAAAUUAAACAACACAGUUUCUGCAGGUAGACUGAUUUCAAGUGAUAGUGUCAAAGUAAGAAUUCGACGAAGGCAGCAUUCAGUCUCCAGUUAAAACCAUUGUGCCCAGCUAUUCCAUUAUGUGCAUAUUACACAAGCAAGGAUUUGGCACAGACAUCCUAUUUCAUGGCUACCAACAGUCUUCACCUUACGACAUUCUGUCUUCAGUACAAGCCUACAGUGAUAGCAUGUGUGUGCAUUCACUUGGCCUGCAAGUGGUCCAACUGGGAGAUUCCAGUAUCAACUGAUGGAAAACACUGGUGGGAAUAUGUAGAUCCUUCAGUUACUCUAGAAUUACUAGAUGAGCUAACUCAUGAGUUUCUGCAGAUACUGGAGAAAACGCCUAGCAGGCUCAAGAGAAUUAGAAAUUGGCGGGCUAAUCAGGCCGCUAGGAAACCUAAAGGUGAUGGAGUAUCCGAGAACUCGCUUCUUGGUUCGUCUUUGGUCCAGAAUUCCAUUUUGGUGGAUACAGUUACUGGUGUAGCUGCAAACACAAGUUUCCAAAAACCAUCAACAUCAUUUCCUGGACCAGUACCUCUGACCUCAGGAAGUAUUUCUGUUCCAGACAGUCAUGCACCUGAAAAUUUGGCAAUACUAGCUCCAGGAAUGCCAAGUACCUCAUACAGUUUGGCAUCACACCAGGAAUGGCCUCAGCAUCAAGAACAAACAAGGACAGAACAAAUAUACUCUCAAAAACAGGAGACAUUGCCUGCUAGUCAGUACAGUAUGAACUUCCAACCAGGGACGUCUGUACAGUUGCACUCUGGGGUACAUCACAGACCUGACAAACUUGCUGAGCAUUCUACUGUCAAACAAGAAUAUUCUCAUAAGUCAGGAAACAAACACCAUGGACAAGUUGCUGCUCCUGUAAUCAUUCCUCAGAAAAUGUCUUUGGAUAAAUACAGAGAGAAGCGCAAACUAGAAACCCUUGAACUGGAUGUGAGAGAACACUAUGUAGCAACCCCAGGGGAACAGCAGCAUAAAAAACACCUGCAGCCACAGGCAGGCAGCAGUUCUUCUGUUACAUCUCCUAUUAAAAUGAAAAUUCCUAUUGCAAACGCAGAGAAGCCUGAAAAACACUUGUCUGAUAAGAAAGAAAAGGGUGGCUCACUCAAACUCCGUAUCCCAAUCCCACCCACAGAAAAGGGUGCCAGUAAAGAGGAGCUGAAAAUGAAAAUUAAGGUCUCUUCCUCAGAAAGGCACAGCUCCUCAGACGAGGGUAGUGGGAAAAGUAAACACUCGAGUCCCCACGUUAGCAAAGAGCAUAAGGAAAAACACAAAGAACACUCUUUAAAUCGCCACCACAACGUUGGCCAUAAGCACUCCCACCCGCACGGUGGUGGUGGCAGUGGUGGCAGCGGUAAGCAUAGCACUGAUGGAGUCACCCCAACUGUUUUGAGGAGUCCCGUUGGCCUGAGUGGUGAUGCCAAUUCCUCUAGUUCCAGCUCUUCAAGGAAGAAGUUGCACAGCAACGAUGCUUCUCACAACCACCACUCCAAAAUGAGCAAAAGUUCCAAAAGUUCAGGUAGUUCAUCUAGUUCUUCCUCUGUUAAGCAGUAUGUAUCCUCUCACAACUCUGUUUUUAACCUUCCCUUACCCCCUCCUCCCCCUGUCACAUACCAGGUGGGCUACGGACAUCUCAGCACCCUCGUGAAACUGGACAAGAAACCAGUGGAGAACGGUCCUGAUGCCCAUCACCAGUACAGUACAAACAGCCAGCAUAUGGACUACAAAGAUACAUUCGACAUGCUGGAUUCGCUGUUAAGUGCCCAAGGAAUGAACAUGUAGUCAAUUCUUAGGUUGUUUUUCUUUACGUUUUUGUUGUGUUUUUUUUUUAAUUUAAGAAUUGUUAGAAUGGAAAACUUCCUAAUAUAGUAGUAGCAACACCAGCUGUUGCUGCCGUGGUUUCAGUAUAUGUAAGUGCUGCUUUAUUAUCCUUCACUCUGAAAAGAAGAGGUAUAGUAAACAAGUCUUUAUCUCCACAGAUGAUAGUGUUAUAAAUAAUGUAAUAGCAUGGAAGGUUCAAAAAUCUCAGUAUUUCUACAGCUGCGGCUACAAACAGUAGGAUGAGCGUCUGCUUUUAGGUGUAUAGAAUGCCUCCAGCAUUGAUUAUUUAUAAUUUUGAAUACUGCAGCCACAACUUUUUGUUGCCUAGUUUUUUGAAUGAGUGUAAUUGUUUUCUUGUGUAUUUAUACUGUAUGUAUGAUUUGCAUGUUUCAAAGAUAAAGGGAUUAAAAACAGUAUGCUGACAACUGUUUACAAGAAAGUGGAGAAAAAUGUACAUACAUUUUUGUAUGUUUAGAUAUACCAUAAAUACUCAGGAUCGGAGCUGCUUGUAAGUAUAACAGAAUACACAUAACUUUAUUUUAAUCUUGCCAGAGUCCAUCAGUUAUCCAAACAAAGAUGGCACUUUGUCUUGUUUAUCUUUAAACUGUAGGCCUUAUUGGAAGCCGCUUAAAAGGGACACUGCCCUAGAGAAGGUAUCCAGUACCAUGUAGGGUCAUCAAUGGACAGUAUUACCAGGGAGGCAGGAAAUUGGGUAGGCCUCUGCUUGCUUGUUAUGGCCAGACCUCGGAAAUGUCCCUAGUGUUCUGAAGGAAAAAGGAAUUAAAAUAAAAGUUUACAUAUUCUUUUGAUGUGAAGUGCAUUUAAAUGUUUAUUGGCUUGAUGCAGUAAAAUAGACACAGAGCUGUUAGUAAUGGUUACGUAGGUUAAUGUGACUGAACUGCAAUUCAUAACUGUCAUUGUGGGAAAAAUCCUCUUUUUUUAAAAAAAAAAAGUCAUUAUUUAUUUUAAUAGUAAGCAGGACUCACUGUUUCCAUUACCAUUUCAGAAUAACGCCCACGUUCUGAAAUCCAAAGUGUACUGGUGUGUGAUGCCAUAUUUCUUUUACAGGUGACUGCAGUCCUCACAGUAAAUAAAACUAUCGAUAUCCCAACUUCAUAUUCCAACAAUAAAAUAGUUCUCAUUGAUUCUGUGCAUUGUACUUGUCAUUAGUUACCAAAUUGGAAGAUACACUGUUUUUUCAGCUCUGUGGUGGUUAAAAAAAAAAAAAAAAAACAAAAAAUCAGUCUCCCAGUUAAGCCACUAGCAUCCACUUUAUCUGCCUGGGACUGUGUCAGUGGGGUGGCCUGGGUGCUGUUUCCAGGCUGUUUUUGCUCUGGAGAAGAAAUGGCAGGUGUGAAUGUUCUUGUGUUCUCAAAGCCAAUACUGCAGCUCAGCAGCCUGGAUAGCAGUGGACUGACUCUGGGUUGUUAUUCCCAACUAUACAUAAGCUAUGAAGUACCUCAGCACGCACUCAGUAUAUAGUAGCAGCAGCCAGUUUUUCAGUGACUUCUUUUAACUGAGAAGUGACCAUGAUGUGAAGUAACCUUUAGCUAAACCACCUCGUUCCCUUAGCGCUGGUGUAAUCCUGCAAGUCUCAGAGCUGAAGUCUGAAGCUUGGCCCUUUCAGUUGCAUUACUCACCUGUGCUUUAAAUGAUAAAACUGUUUGAUAUCUACCCCUUGGUAGUUGCUGUAUUAUGUAACUACAGGUAUAUCAAUUACUAUGUAAUACUCUGUUUCCAGUAAUGCAAACGCUUGUAAUUACUUGAAUAAGUUUUAUUUGAACUAUGGAUACUUUUUUUUUUUUUUUUACACUUAAGGAAUAUUUAAAUAGAAACCUGAUUGCAUUUUCUGCUAAAUCAAAGCUUAAAUCUUGGCCCGUGUACAAAAUCCAACUCUGUCUUACCCCUAAUGACUUGGUUAUUUUUCUACAUUUGGAAUGUAACUUUGUUACAUACUUCUGCAUCGUUGAAUAUUUUCUAUCCUUUUAUAGUCUUUCCUUUCCAUCUCAGUGUUACUCUUGGGUCUGAUUUUUAACAAAUGUAAUCUGCAUUAUACACUGUCCUAAACUAUAGUGUGGGCAGACAAAUGAAAUAGCAGUAAAAUAUCUUAAUUUUUCUUUGAAGCACUACAGUACUUUUUUUUCUUUGAGUCUGUUUAAGUAGUUGUGCCAUGAAAUGCAUCUUAUACAGCCACUCUGGAUAAGCAAUAUAUUGUACUGUAAAUAUAGCAAUUGCUGUCAUAACUUGGGAGUUAAAAUGUCUGGAUGGUAACUAGUGCCUGUCUAAUAUAUAAAUUGGAAAAGAUCAUAGGUCUUCAUCCUAAGGUGCUGUUUCAAAAGAAGUAUUUCCUAUUUUGAUUCUGGGAAAUUGUGAAAUAUUGUGGACAAAAUGUUGCUAUGCUACAUUGAGAUCCAAACAGUGAUUUUUUGGUUUCUCUGUAAAGGAUGUCCAUAAAACUUAUUGGUUUUGGUUUUCAAUGUAAUUGUAAAUAAGUCAAACUGUACGUGUCCUUGUGUCUGAAAAUAAAUUGUGUGGUGAUAGUAGGGGCUGAGGAGGAGGGAGAGGAUAUGCAACAAAAUGCCAUUAAUUUUCCCUGACUAAAACCCAGGGCAAGAUCAGUGAAUUGUGUGAAUUGCAGCCUGGCUGAGGUGCUCAAAAUGAAUGAAAAUUAAUGUGAUCAGCCUCACAAGUGAAGGACUGAAUACAUGCAAUAAAAGGCUAAUAGACAACGCUACUACUCUGUUCAUCACUUUGAUUACAGGUUUUUUUUUUGUUUUUUUUACAAAUUUGAGUACGUGCAUUAUGUAAUUUGUAAAAUGACACUGUAGUGGAGACUUUGCUACGACACUAUUAAAAAAAACCAACAAAACUUCCCUUUUUGUGAGAUAAGAGGUUUGUAGAAUAGUGAGAUCCUUGCGUACAUUGAAUCCUAAUCUGUUCCUAAUGGUGGGAGUGCUGAAGUCCUGUAUCUCACUGUGAUCUGAUACUUGGGUAUUUGCAUAAAAUGGCAGUUCUGUAUACUCUUUUGGCUUACUGUAUAAUAUUAAUGUGUCAUAGUAGCAUAGAGUUGAAUUUUUGAGGUACAGCCAUUUGUGUGAGAUUAGCAAAAACAACUUUAUUUCUAAGAACUUGUAAAAAAAAAAGUAUUUUCAAUAAAAUUCCCUACCUCA